AGUCGCGGCAAGCACACACACCUUAUAUUUCUUACGUUUUGUGAUUUCCUGACAGCUGAAGAACUACUGUUCUUUGGAUAUCUGUUGACAAAAUUGAUACACUAUUUUUAGUGGUUUUAAUAAUUCAAACAACAAGAAUCUUAAUUAUGAAUGAAUAUAAAUUUUGACAUUUCAAGUGAUUUUGAUGUAGUGUGUGUUUAAUUUAAAGGAGUAUUAACUUAGAUAGCUCUGUUUCUUUAUGAUUUAAUUUUUGUGAUUCUGAUAGUUGUAUGAAUUUAUUCAGACAUGGAAUAUAGUGCAUUGUAUUUUAUGGGCUGCUUGUGCACAUGUUUGUAGGAUUUGUUGAACAAUAUUUUAUCUGAAAUUAAAAACAUUUUAGACGUGAAUUCUACGAAACAAGGAUUUAUAUAUUUCCAUAUCUAGUGUUUUGUUAGAAGCAUUCAAAAACCCAUUCCAGUAAAAUUAAGAAAAAUGGAUUUAUUAACAAGUACGAAAGCAUUCCAGUGUCUGUCGGCGCUUAUAGCAUUACUCCAAUUAGCAGCCGCAUCAAAAUUGGGUCCUUCAUUACUGACAGUUGAACCUCCUCCCAUGGUCAACGAUUAUAUAAAUCCUGCCUGCUACAACUUUACGCAUGGAAACUACCAUAACAUGGAAUUCUACAGUCCUGGAUACCCGAAACAGUACCCGAACAAAAUAGACUGUGUCAUGUAUCUUCAAGCACCACAUGGAUUCAACAUCAUGAUGUAUUUUAUGGACAAAUUCUCAGUUGAGGAAUCAGAGGGUUGCAAGUUUGACUUCAUCGAACUCCGUGACGGACCGUUUGGCUAUUCCAAAUUUAUCGCAAGGUUUUGCGGAGAAGGCUUUCCGGUCACAAUCCAUACGGAGUCACGGUUCCUGUGGGCAAGAUUUGCAUCCGAUGAUCUCGUGCAGUUUGAUGGUUUUCGAGCCGUUUAUGAAUACAAGAUUGACGAAGACUAUAACCCAAUGUCACACUCGGAAAAAGUUUGCCGCAUAUACAUGGAUAACAUGGCCCAGGAUGGGGAACUAAACUCUAAGGUGUUCCCAUUGGCUGAUACGUCACGUAGGGAUUAUCCAAUUGAAGAGCCCGUGGAUUGCACGUGGGAAAUGCUGGCUGACAGAGGGCACAGGAUUCUACUCAGCGAAAUCAAGCUACACAUGUUACGUGAAGGUCAGUGCAACCGCAACAGAAUCGAACUCUAUGACCGCACGAGCUCUGAGGAGGACCGUACCGGGGUUUAUUGCUCUGGUCCCGUGCAGGACUACAGAUCGGAAUCGAAUCGUGUAUACCUCAGGAUAUUGGGAAGCAGAUUGUCAGAGAAACCUGUUAUAUUUGGACGAUAUACUGUUUAUAAACCAGCAAGAACGAAAUCCAACGGUAUAGAGCCCUGUGAUUCCAAUGAAUUUCAUUGUGACGGUAUGUGUCUCAGUCAAGCCCUUGUGUGCAAUGGACAUAAAAACUGUCCAGACAGUGGCGAUGACGAGAAAGGAUGUGAAACUGACGGAGCAUCCAGUUCCGAUUCUCAACCUAUUCCGUUGAUGAUUUUGAUCCUCGCCGGUGUUGGAGGACUUAUUCUCGUAAUCAUCAUCAUCGGGAUCUGUGCUACCUGCCGGUAUAGACGUAGUCAGAGGAACAAGAGGAAGUCGGGCCUUCAGAGACAGGACAGCCAGAAACGCAAUGCUCUAGAAAUGGCUGUGAGUGACAGCACUAACACCGCCCACCUGCUAGCGAAACAGAACAAUCAGGGUAGCUAUUACUCGUUGCCCAGACCGGCUGGGCAAGCUACCAUGAUGCAGCACCGGGGUAGUUUCUCAAGCAAGGUGCCUUCUGAAGGAGAGUUUGGUGAUCAUAUGUCAGAUUCGAGCACUUACAAGAAGUUUCUACAGUUAGAACAAAAUCUCGACGAUGACUCGAGCCGAUGUCCGUCUCCGUACAGUCCGGGCUUUACAACUAUUAUAGAGCAACACCCGCUUCCUCCUGGAAUGACCCCUGACCUUGGCUGGAAUUACCAAGGCGAUGCCUCAGUUCCGAGUCUUGCAGAGAAUUUGUCCAAGUUACAACAGUAUACUAGUUUUAGUAGCAGUUUGCCGAAGACAAUCCCUACACAAACAGGAGAAAAUCCGAAUACCGGAAUGACGAUGGAAUUUAGAUAUGAUCCUUCGCCAACUGUAUAUCCGGCUUCUAAAUUUAGAAUCAAGUCCCCGGAUCUUAACUACGGCUGGAACCCAGAUAAUAAAACCGGAAGUCCGCCCGUUAAAUCUCUCACAUUCAAAAAUCAGGACGCUGACGUAGCACCUGACCUUACACGAGAAAUAGAAACCACGUGAUAAGGAUGGCUAAAAAGGUUAAUCAAAAGUAAGAGUUAAAGUGUUCGAAAACUUCGUGUAGGGAUCAAAUCAUCUGUCAGACAUCAAUGAACACUAAGUUGCAAUAGCUGGUAUCGCACCACCAAAUCAUUAACAUCACGUGACAUGUCUGUGAUAAUUAAAACACCUGUAGAAAUGAAAUGUCAGUUAUCUCAGGUGAAAAAUGUACUGCUUCAAAAAAGAGCAUUUAAGUCCGAGAUUUGAAGCGCGAAGUUCAGAUAAUUUAUUGAUAACAAAUUGGUUCGUACGGAACUUUGAAGCAAUAGAUUAACGAACGUGACACGGAGAAAGGAUUUGUCGUGCAAUGCACGGUUGAUGUGAAUUUGAUUCAAAAGAGUUUGGCGAUAUAUGCCUGGAUUAAACGUAUUACUAACAGAAACGGAGACUAAGUAAUGAAGAAUGAAUUCGUAUGCUUUCACAAAGUGAAAAAAACAAUACAUGUAGUCCGUAUUUGAACGAAGGCCAGUUGCAAUUUGAACAGUUUUCAAAGGAAAUGCCUUAUUACUGCUAGAUAUCUAAAUGUUACUAAUUUUAUCAGUUUAGCUGUUGUUUAUACACCCAGAUGAAUGUGAAUGUAAAUGUCAUAUUUGUAUUAGAUACUAGAAGUAAUAAAAGUGGUAUUACUGACAAUUUUAAAGUGGAAUUGGCGGAUAUGUGGAUGAAGUAUGUCUUGCAUUGUUUUUUUUCUGAAUGUACCGCUGUCAAUGUCUUUGAGUGCAAUAAUUUGUCAAAUUUUCACUGGAAAACGACGUCUAAUUUUUAAGAAUUUUUUUCACAUAACUUUAGCAGAAAUGAUACAUCUAUUUACUCUAGUUGACACAAGAGUAAUAAACACAAAUUAGUAGAUAUGCAUUUUAACAAGAAGUGUGUCGUUUUUUUAUGCCCCCGAAGGGAGGCAUAUAGUUUUUGAACUGUCUGUCCGUCUGUCAGUCUGUCGGUCUGUCAGUCUGUCAGUCUGUCCGCAAUUUUCGUGUCCGGUCCAUAUCUUUGUCAUCGAUGGAUGGAUUUUCAAAUAACUUGGCAUGAAUGUGUACCACAGUAAGACGACGUGUCGCGCGCAAGACCCAGGUCCGUAGCUCAAAGGUCAAGGUCACACUUAGACAUUAAAGGAUAGUGCAUUGAUGGGCGUGUCCGGUCCAUAUCUUUGUCAUCGAUGGAUGGAUUUUCAAAUAACUUGGCAUGAAUGUGUACCACAGUAAGACGACGUGUCGCGCGCAAGACCCAGGUCCGUAGCUCAAAGGUCAAGGUCACACUUAGACAUUAAAGGAUAGUGCAUUGAUGGGCGUGUCCGGUCCAUAUCUUUGUCAACCAUGGAUGGAUUUUCAAAUAACUUGGCAUGAAUGUGUACCACAGUAAGACGACGUGUCGCGCGCAAGACCCAGGUCCGUAGCUCAAAGGUCAAGGUCACACUUAGACAUUAAAGGAUAGUGCAUUGAUGGGCGUGUCCGGUCCAUAUCUUUGUCAACCAUGGAUGGAUUUUCAAAUAACUUGGCAUGAAUGUGUACCACAGUAAGACGACGUGUCGCGCGCAAGACCCAGGUCCGUAGCUCAAAGGUCAAGGUCACACUUAGACGUUAAAGGUCAUUUUUCAUGAUAGUGCAUUGAUGGGCGUGUCCGGUCCAUAUCUUUGUCAUUCAUGCAUGGAUUUUAAAAUAACUACGCAUGAAUGUGUGGCACAGUAAGACGACGUGUCGCGCGCAAGACCCAGCUCCGUAGGUCAAAGGUCCUAAACUCUAACAUCGGCCAUAACUACUCAUUCAAAGUGCCAUCGGGGGCAUCUGUCAUCCUAUGGAGACAGCUCUUGUUUUUCAAUGUAAAGUGAGUCUUGAUAUUUCUCUGAUGGUGUUUCUUCUCUUCAGAAUCCCUUUUCAAUAUGUUAAAAAUUUGCGUUUUAAAUCUGAAACUCUCUUUUCAAUGAAAAUUUCUGUACGUUUAGUGCACUGAAUACAUGUACAUGUUUGAUAUAUGUGCCGUGUCAUGGGAAAACCAACAUAGUGGCUUUGCGACCAGCAUGGAUCCAGACCAGCAUGCGCAUCCGCGCAGUCUGGUCAAGAUCCAUGCUGUUCGCUAAUGGUUUCUCUAGUUCCAAUAGACUUUGAAAGCGAACAGCAUGGAUCCUGACCAGACUGCGCGGAUGCGCUGGCUGGUCUGGAUCCAUGCUGGCCGCAAAGCCACUAUGUUGGUUUUCUCAUGGCGCGGCUCAGUAAUGUGUAUCUUUGUAAAUUGUACAUAUGUAGCAACUGUAGAAUAUUAACAUUAUAUUUUUAAUGUUUUUUUUUUGUAUAUUGUGUUAUAAAUCGAUACAACAAUA